AUGGAGGCGCCUGCGCCAAAUUCGCCGGGGGUUGCUGACCCGCCGCGCGGGACGCCUGCUGUGCCCAGCGCGGUGCCUCCCCACGCCCAGCAGGCCCAGAACCCGCCUCGCCCAGCAGGCGCCGCCUUUCAGGGCGCGGCGGAGGCUUCGGCAGCCGACGAGAAACUCCCGGCGCUUCCCGCAGACCUUCCGGAGGCAGCUCCGAGUGUCCCGCUCUUCUCCCUGGAGCCUUACGGAGCCGGAGACCUCCGCCUGCUCAAGUUCCUCGCGGACGGCCGCCCUGCGUGGGAAGCCCCUCCGGCGCGAGCGCCCGGGGGACUGAUUGCCUCGAACGUUGACUUCUUCUUCCCGCAGAAGCGCGCGGAACGGCCCGAAGGAGUCCAAGCGGAGGCGGCGCAGGCCGGCGCUCCGACCGCGCGGGGGCCUUCGGGCGUCGCGGGCGCGGAGGCGUUUAGGGCCUACCUGGAGAAGUCCGCGAAGGCGAGCGCGGCGUAUCCGCCGCUGGAUCUUCUGCAGAAGGCGGAGGCGCUCUGCGUGGGGGCGGACGCCGCGCACAACGAGACUUUGAAGGAGUCGGAUCCCUGGGUUCGUAACAAAGGGGCUUGGGAGGAGGCGGUUCAGAAGCGCGACGAAGCCUCCAAGUGGCUGUCGGGGGGGGGCAUGCUCUUUGAUCUCCUGCUGGGAACCGCCAACGCGGCGCCGGGUCAGAGGUUCCUGCGUCUGGUGGAGGCCAAAGACGAGACCGACGAGGACGAGCUGUGGCAGAAGCUGCUCAUUGGGCUCCAGGCUCGGCACGAGACGUCCGCGGAGCUUGAACAGAAACUCCGAUCGGCGCGACAGCAGAUGCUGCAGACUGCGGCCGGCGUGCCUGGGCAGCGCACAUGGUUGAAGAUGCUGCGGCGGCUGCAGCGUCUGCGCUGGGUUUUGGUGAAGAAGCGCUACCAGGACGUCGAGUUCUCGCGGUCCGAUGCGAGCUACCCGUAUGUCUCUGAGGUUUAUGUGCACCUCCUGCAGGUCCCUGCGCGCUGCUGGGACCCCGCCAUGGGCAGUCCGGUCGGCUGCGGCCUGCCGCUCCCGCCGCCGCGCGCCUUCGGCGACCACUUUGUGCUUCUGAAAGCGACGCUGAAGGAUCAAACCGAGCGCGGAGGCGGCGAAGAGCCUGGAGAGGACGGCGCGUCGUCGCGAGAGGCUCGCGAGCCCCGCAAGACGGCAAAGCGCUGGGAGUUCGUGCUCGAGUAUGAUGAACAAGCUGCAACAGCCGUGGAGACCAAAUCGCUCCUGCAUAUCAAUUUCAGACCGCUUCUGUCCUGCGAUCGACUCCUGCAGUCUCUGGAAUUGGGCCCCUCGCCCUCACCGGCGUUCGUCUGCCCUGUUCCGUCGACCUGUAUGCCGCCGCCUGCCGGGUUCCUCGCGGAGGAGCCGGCCCCCGAGGCCUUGUCGUCGCCUGCGGAAGAACAGGAAGACGCGGAGGCCGCGCAGGCAUCCGUCGCCAUCCACGAACACCUCCAGCGCGCGCAGUGGGCACUUCUGGAUCGAUGCUGUUUCCAGGUGCUGGCGACGCAGGCUGAGCGCAUGCGCGUGCUUGGCGAGCGGAGGGCCUCAGUGGCCGCUGGCGCCCCCGAGGGCGCCGCCUCCGGAGGUCCGGAGGUCGCACCCCGUUCACCCUGCGAGCGAGUUUACACAGCAGAGUGCGUCCGCGUGGACUCGAAGAGCAUCAGCAUUCUCGUCCGAGGCGUCCCUGUGGCGUCUGCGCCGCGCACAAAUGAGCGCCGCCCUAGGCCUCGCCGCGGUCAGACAAGUGGACGCGAGAGUGGAGACAAAGACGGAGAGGAUGCUUCGCAUUCCUCAACGAAUAUCGGUGCCGAACAAGGGCGAACAUGCAGCGGGAGCGACGCGAGCUGCGCGUGCGCUCAUCACACGCUGGAUUUCAUGGUUCACAUAUCCUACGCGCCGUCCUGCACGCCGCCGACGCCCCAAUCGCAAGCGGUGGCUGCGACAUCGAGUUCAGAGGGAAGUCAACUCGUGGAGAGUUCGAACAGUCAGGGGGCCAGCGCGUGUGAGGCAGCCACAAGCGCGCCAGACGCACAAGAGUCGAUGAGCUGUCCGCUGCCGGCAUGUAGCACCUGCGCGUGUUGCACUAUGCGGAUGCAUCCAGCGACAGGCGCUCUGCUGGAGCAGAUGCAGCGAGUCGCUGUCCUGCAGCUGAGGCAGCAGUUUCUUGAAACGUGGGCGUAUGAGGCGUUCGAGCACCCCAGAUUGUGUGGGGAGCUCGCGUUUGAGCCUCCGCUUCUGAACCUGAAGACGAGCCGACAGGCCAAGCCCCGCGGCGAAAACCUGCUCUCCAGUUUCGUCAGUUGGGUAGUUGCGGAGGGCCUUAAUCUUGCGUAA